CGACCUCAAUUGUUGCGUUAGGAAAAGGAAAUCCAAAAACGUUAAUAAAUUCUGUUUGUCCAUUUCGCGUUUCGGAUUGUGUUUUUCCUCAGAAGGAAAGAAGAUAGGCGGUCUGUGGUACAUAACUAUCGUGUAGUCCACACCAGGAAACCUUCCUCGUGUAAAUAGAAUACAUUUCUCAGCCGUCAAAGUCUCCUCCCUCGGUGUUUGAACCCUUCAAAAUCAGCUAAGGGUUCAGUUUGUAGACAGGAAGCGAGACAUGGAGAUUGAUAAAGCAAUCAGAGAAUGUGAUGAUCGAAGACUUAAAACAAAGUACAACAAUGCCAUUUAUGUGAUCAAAAGAGCUCUUGCUCUAUAUACUAUAGAAGAGGUUGCAUUGAGCUUCAAUGGAGGGAAAGAUUCUACUGUUUUGUUUCACCUGCUUAGGGCAGGCUAUUACUUGCAUGAAAGUGAGAAGCGUCAUUCCAAUGGGGAUCUUGGUUAUGGUGAAAUACCAUUUCCAAUACGCACAAUAUAUUUUGAAAGCUUGUCUGCUUUUCCGGAAAUAAAUUCAUUUACCUAUGAAGUUGCUGCAAUGUACAAUUUGCAAAUGGAUAUUAUUCGCCUUGACUUUAAAUCUGGUUUAGAGUCUCUGCUUAAGGCUAAUCCAAUUAAAGCUAUUUUUCUUGGUGUUCGAAUUGGUGAUCCUACUGCGGUAGGUCAAGAACAAUUCUCGCCUAGCUCACCUGGUUGGCCACCUUUCAUGAGGGUGAAUCCAAUUUUGGAUUGGUCAUAUAGAGAUGUAUGGGCUUUCCUUUUGACUUGCAAAGUUCAGUAUUGCAGCCUUUAUGACCAAGGGUAUACUUCAAUAGGGAGCAUCCAUGACACUGUACCCAAUGAAUUGCUGUGUGUCAACGAUUCCACUAAUACUGGAGAAAAAUUCAGACCUGCAUAUUUACUCCAAGAUGGAAGGUUGGAAAGAGCUGGAAGAGCGAAGAAAUAUUCUUCUUCAGCAUCUGCAAAGUUGCACACCCUUAGCAAUGGUUUGAAAAGUGAAAAUUUGCACAGGAAAAGCAUGCUAACAGCCUCAAUUAUUGCUGUUGGUGAUGAGAUUUUAUUUGGCACUGUUGAGGAUAACUUGGGUUCUUCAUUGUGCAAAAAGCUCCAUUCAAUAGGCUGGGCUGUAUCUCAUCUUGCUGUCACUCGGAAUGAUGUAGAUUCGGUAGCUGAGGAAGUGGAGAGACGAAAGUCUACGAACGAUAUGGUGUUUAUAUACGGAGGGGUUGGGCCCUUGCACUCAGAUGUCACUGUAGCAGGAGUUGCAAAAGCUUUUGGUGUCCGCUUGGCUCCUGAUGAAGAAUUUGAAGAGUAUCUCAGGCGCAUAAUUGGUGGAAAAUGCACUGGGGAUAAGAAUGAGAUGGCACAGUUGCCAGAGGGUAUUACAGAAUUGUUGCAUCAUGAACAGCUGGAGGUGCCUUUGAUCAAGUGCCAUAAUGUGAUCAUUCUGAAUGCAACAAAUGUUACUGAACUGGACAAGCAAUGGGAUUGUUUAAUUAAAUUGACAAAAUCUCAAGGUCUCCUUGAAUUGGCCGAGCCAUUUGUAUCGAAGUGCUUGGAAACGACUCUUUUUGAUGUGGAAGUUGCUCAACCUCUAUCGAAGCUGUGUCUUCAAUUUCCUGACAUUUACAUUGGUGGCUAUCGAGAAUCUAGGCAUGGCCAUCUCAUGAUCAGAUUUGAAGGAAAGGAUCUAUCACGGGUAGAAGCAGCUGUAGAAGCAUUAUGCAAGAGCUUCCAUCCAGGUGCGUUCUCUAACGUGGACCGAGCCUGAGUAUUACAUCCCCACCACUCCUUCCUUAUCGCCAUCCCAAUACACUGAGCUUCCCGAUGGGGCCAAAUAUGCAACCAAAAGCGACUUGUAUAUCUGCAAGUCAGACGUCUCGGGGGAAACUGUUGAUGAUAGUAUCUAAUCUCAUGUGACUAUGGAGGAUGAUGGGGGAAAGAUUAGAAGAAGAGAAAUAGAGAAACCAUUAAUAUCCAUUAUAAUUGAAAUGUAGUUUUACUUUAUUGCAACUGAAAGAGGGAGGUUCAAAUAUAUUAUUGUCUGACAACAAGUAUCUGACAGCUUUAAUUUGUUGAAACAAUGGUUUUCAUUUAUUUAUAGCUACUAUAUAUAUAAAGCAUGAAAUACCUGAAAA